CUCUGCAGACGAAGAACAGAACUCAACCAUGAGGGAGAAGAGUGGAGCUUUUCCUGCAUGGAAAGUGCUUCUCUUUGGGAUGUGUGUGCUGCUGCUCCUGUGCUCAGCAGGUUUAGUGUUUCUGCUGGUUCGACAGAAAGAGCUGACGGGGGAGCUUGGCAGGCUGGACGCCCAGGUGCAGGUGCUGUGGCAGAGCUGCAUGCUGCAGGGUGGAAUCAAGCCCACGGAGCACGGGGAGACUGGAUGGGAGAAGGAGCUCCUUCGCAACAAGAGAAACCUGGAGGGAGAGAUGACACAAAGCCAAGAAGAGAAGGACAUGCUGAUGCUGAUGACCUACUCUAUGGUCCCUAUCAAAACCUUCAUGGAUCUGUGUAACAGCUCCAGAGGAAUUUGUUUAACAGGCCCACCUGGACCACCAGGUUUGCAAGGUAGACCUGGUUUACCAGGACUGCAGGGUGUGCCCGGGCCUGAGGGGAGACGAGGGAGGAAAGGACCCCCUGGUGAAAAAGGAGAACGUGGACCUAAAGGAGACCCUGGGCCUCUGCGACUGAAAGGCGAGACCUAUAAUGACAUUCUCAUUGAGGGUCCUCCUGGUCCGAGAGGUCCACCUGGCCCACCUGGCCCAGCCUGCCCUGCUUUGUACUGUCAAGAAGCGAGACAGAAGACUGCCAGAGAAAAAAUCCAUCAGACCGACAUGUCGCAGGAUUCAUCUACUUCUCCCGGCACAGAGAACUUCAAUAAAACUGACACAGAGAGCACCAGAAACUUGGCAACUAUAAAGACUGUGUCACAAACUACACUUCCAUCUGCAAACAAAACAGAUCUACUGUACGUGACUGACUCUGAAGAACUUCCAGAAACCACCAUCGGAAGCUCAGAAACUGUGUCGAUUCCUGCAGAGAAUAUUAACAUCACCAUGAAUCACUCCAACACAGACAAUGUUACAGAGACACCAAUAACAUUUUUAACAGCCCUUCUACCUCCAGACCUGAGUGAAAGCAGUCAAACCUCAGAUGGCAGCAGAAACAACAAGGACAUGAGAAGAGAGUCAGUGUCACCUGGUUCGGACUACAGACACAACACAGGGAUUAAAACCAGCACUGGCAGUCUAACAGAGGCAUCUCUAAGUUUAUUACCAGUGUUACCAACGCCCAAUCCAGCUCAUACAGCCAGAGGUGGUUUUGAUGUCAGUGGCUCUGAGAAUCUUCAAGACACUCACAAAGAAUCUGAAUCUGUCCCUCGCCAUAAAGAUGACGACCAUGACACUCUGAGGGACUCCAGCAGAGUAAAGGGGACACCAGGAAGCUUUAUGACAGCUACAGUGUCUGCUGACAAAAACAGUGAUGCCUUCAGUAAGAGUGGAACUGUUAUCGAUAGACACGUGAAAAGUGACUCUCGAAAUUCAUUCAAGGACAGAAAAAGGCCCAAGACAGGCGGCAACAAAAAAAGGGCAAAAACUGUCGUUUCUGCAGUGUCACCAUCACACAGUACAAUGGACAUCGUCAGAGAUGUUUCUACUGUCACUGAGUCCAUGACACUUCUUCAUGCCAAAGAGGAAUCAGUGUCAUCUGGCAAAGAAGACAGCAACGAAGACCUGAAUGAGUCCAGCACAGUAGAUGAUGCAAAGUCAUGGAUGAGAUUAUUAAGAGAGUCACUUUCUGCUUUCAUAAAAGUUGAAGCAUUUAAUAACAGUGGAACCUCUGAAGACACCACGACAAAGAGUGACUUUACAGAUUCACCCAACAUCAACCAUGAACCGAAAUUUCCCACUAACAACAGAUGGACAGCAACUGUAUCACCAACAACACAUCCAGCCAAUGACAGAAGAGAUACAUUCAGUUUUACAGACUCUAGUAAAUUUACAGAAUCAACCAUGGGAUCUGCAGAGAUACCGAUGGUUCAUCAAGAGAACAACGACGACUACAUCUUGAAUGACUCUAACACAAAAAAUGUCACAGAGACACCAAUCAAACUAAUCACAGGAAUUCUACCUCCAGUCAUGACUGAAAAGAGUGACACCUUCGAUGGCAGUGGAAAGAUCUCUGAUACACCCAUAAAAAGAGAAUCUGUCCCUCGCCGUAAAGAUGACAACCAUGACACCCUGAGUGACUCCAGCAGAGUAACAGGGACACCAGGAAGCUUUAUGACAGCUACAGUGUCUGCUGACAAAAACAGUGAUGCCUUCAGUAAGAGUGGAACUGUUAUCGAUAGACGCGUGAAAAGUGAGUCUCCCAAAGACAAAAGUAACAACACCUCAAACGUUACCAAACGAGAGAAAACUACAGAGGCAUCAAGUCAAGCAUCAACAGUCUCACUUUCUGUGGGCUCGGCUCAAAAGAAUGAUGCAUUCAAUAACAGCGGGAAUAUUAUCAACACAGCCAUGUCAAGUGAUAAUUUACAUCAACUCCAGUUGAAUAAUAAGACCAAUACAACAACCAAUGAGGGAUGGACAAAAGCAGUAUCACCAACAACACAUCCAGCCAAUGACAGAAGAGAUACAUUCAGUUUUACGGACUCUAGUAAAUUUACAGAAUCAACCAUGGGAUCUGAGUGCAGUAUUAAAUCUAUCAGAUGUUCGGAGAAAGCCACAGAGAUGCAGAGUACGUUUGGAGCCUGGAUGUCAGAUGCAUCUGAGCUGGAUGGAGGUCGAUACUGGCUGGCCGAUCAUUUUUCAGGUCGGCUUUUAAUGGAGUACAGGGAUGUUUCCACUUUUCCAAAGACAAGCGACAGAAACAUAGACCUCAAGAAGUUUUACCAGGGCUGUGGUCAUGUUGUUUACAAACGGAAAUUCUACUUUCACAACGCAGGAACGAACAGACUGAUAAAGUUUGACCUGAACACCAGGAGAACACAGACUCUGAUCAUGGCAAACAGCAGAUACAACAACCUGACAUAUCUUCUCCGCAACUCAAAGACAUACUUCAAGUUUGCUGUGGAUGACAACGGGCUCUGGGUCAUUUUCGCAUCAAGCACAGAUGAUAACACGAUGGUGGCGAAGCUUGACCCUGACACGUUCACUGUGGAGUCAGUCAUUAACACUCACUACCCCACAGCUAAAGCAGGAAAUGCUUUCAUUGUAUGUGGGUUGCUGUAUUUCACAGACGUCAGCGACAGGACGGUGACGUACGCCUUUGACUUACUGAACAAAAGUCCCCAGGAUGCAAGUUUUGAGUUGAGACCUGCUGAUGGCAUCUUGACUAUGCUGUCGUAUUAUCCCAACAAAAAGCUUUUGUACAUGUGGGACAACAGCAGCGUGAAAACCUGCAAAGUGAAACUCAAAGUGCACUGAAACAAAAUAACCACAAAAAUGUAAAAUGAGCAACAGAACAUUUUUAUUACCUCAGUUUGUGAGAAUGUCUUGACACAGUGACCUGAUUUUUCAAAAAGGAGGAGCUCCUGGUAGAGGUUUAACCGGCCAGGCUGGUAACUGUUUGCAUAAUUGUCUGUACUAUUUGUUAGAUCACACAUGACUGAUGACUUAAUUUGAUGUUAACACAAUGUUGGUUUUAUACAGCAUGUAUUUAUGAAUGGUCCUGGGGAAUUGAGUCACUGAAUUACAAAUAUUUUGUUGAGAUUAUCAAAACCACAUAAAUAAAAGUCUAAACAUAUUUCUCUUAUGAGGCAUAUGUUUUAGAAGAAAUAUGUAAAAAAAAUGGAUGCAUGCCUGUGGGGAUUUACUUUAUCUUACUAGUUGUAAUGCAAUGUUUUUUUAUGCUACGUCAGCUACUGGAGGUAAGGAACUACAAGAGCAAAGUUGUCCCCUGAAGGCAACACUUCAAAACCUCUUCAAAGAUUGUUUUCUGUCCCACUGCUUGGGCUCAGAGUAGACAAACAGAAACACUUGCACACUGAAAAAGCAGAACGACUGCCUGCAGAAAAAGCCAAAGCCGGAUUACCUUGUGGACAAAGUCUGCAUAGUUGGAGCCUCAGAUCCCAAGUGAGCUCAAAAAACCCCAGGAGGCUCUUUUUUUCCAGGUUAAAGGUGACAGCAAUAUAAACCAGAGAAGCUUCUGAAUUAGCCUAUCUUAGAAACGGAGGUUGGCACACUUUUCCCACGGGUGACAUAACAGAAGAACUGCAAUCAACUUUUGAUAAACGCACAUUUCAUCUGUGUUUUUCAUCAAGCAAGGUCCCAUGCAGGACACCUCAGACCCCCUCUCUCCAGACACGACAUUACUUAAGUUUUUUUUUGACUAGACUUGAUAUUUAAAGGUAAUUGGGUGAUUUUGCAAGCCAUGACUCCUGUUGUAACAGUGCACUUUAAGGUAGACAUGGACUAGGGUUCCAUCCUCUAUCACUGUAUAAACGAUGAUGAGCUUUAGUGAUCACGGUGAUGA